AUGACGCUGGCUGAAGAAUUCAGGUCGCGCAAUUUCAGUAUCUACGGGCAAUGGCUCGGGGUCCUUUGCAUUAUCCUGGGGUUCGCGUUGGGCAUUGCCAACAUCUUUCACUUUAACCUCUUGAUCAUAUUCAGCGUCAUACUGCUUUGCUCAGCACUCAUCCUGAUCUUCAUCGAAAUCCCUCUCCUCCUGCGAAUCUGCCCUACCUCGUCCAAGUUCGACGCCUUUAUCCGUCGGUUCACCACCAACUACAUGAGGGCGGCAAUCUAUGGGGUCAUGUCGCUGGUCCAAUGGCUCAGCAUCAUAGUGGACAGUAGUAGCCUGAUUGCGGCAGCCGUUUUCCUGGCGCUGGCAGGGUUGUGCUAUGCCCUGGCAGGACUGAAACAGCAAGAUUUUGUUGGGAGCAAGACUCUUGGGGGACAGGGAGUGGCGCAGAUGAUCGUUUAA